AUGUCUCGCGCAGCUCAACCCGAAUUGAAGAAAUUCAUGGACAGACGGUGUUUCAUCCACUUGCAAGGCGAACGGAAAGUCUCGGGCGUCCUGCGAGGGUUCGACAUCUUUCUCAAUUUGGUGAUUGACCAGGCGUUCGAGGAGCUCGGUGCGGGAGAAAGGAAGCCAUGCGGAAUGAUCGUCGUUCGCGGAAAUUCGGUAUCGUCGAUGGAAUUAAUCGAUAGUAUGAGAGUAUAG